AUGACCGAGACUUUUUUCUUUUUCUUUGCAGGAGUGUGUAAGACCGAGGAGGACGAAGGACCGAGCACCGAGGAGGACUCGCAGCCUGUCCGCGGGGUCGGCGUGUGUAAAUGGUUCAACGUCCGCAUGGGCUUCGGGUUCCUAUCCAUGACCAGCCGAGAGGGAGUGCCACUGGACGAACCGGUUGAUGUGUUUGUCCAUCAGAGCAAGUUGCACAUGGAAGGCUUCCGCAGCCUGAAGGAAGGCGAGGCGGUCGAGUUUACCUUCAAGAAGUCAUCAAAGGGCCUGGAGUCACAGCAGGUGUCUGGACCAGGUGGCAUCCACUGUGUGGGCAGUGAACGGAGACCCAAAGGCAAGAAGGUCCAGAAGCGACGUUCAAAGGGAGAUCGGUGCUACAACUGUGGAGGCCUGGACCACCAUGCCAAAGAGUGCAAGUUACCACCACAGCCCAAAAAGUGCCAUUUCUGCCAGAGCAUUGACCACAUGGUUGCCAACUGUCCAUUAAAAGCACAACAGUCCUCACCAGGUUCUCAGGGAAAACCAUCACCCUCAAAAGAAGAUGAGGAGGAGCAAACCCACAUGGUAACGGCUCCUGAGACCUCUGAUUAAAUGAGAAGUCGGGCAUCAUCAAAACCGGGGAAGCACAGAGGCUAAUCAAACUACUUUGAUGGUAGAGAUGGGACACAAGACCCCAGUUCAUCUGUCGAGGCUGCUUUUGGAACUACCUCAGGUUAAAAAAAAAAUGCUGAUGAAGAAUGUUGCUGAAGUUUUUUUUUAUUGUUUUCAUUUGGUGUUACACUCAGGAAUACUGCUGUAUUAUUGCACUCAGGACGCUUUCUAAAUGUUCGAAUCACUGCUGUGUUUUUGAGGGGAUUAAGAUUGUAGUUAGCAAUGCCAUACAACGGAUUAUGUUGAUUAGUUUUUCUAGAACCUGAUUUGUCUUUUUACGAGCCACUUUGUCUCUCCUAUGGGCAUUAUACCUCUUCUGUUUUUGCAGAAUACUUGGUCAGUUUGCAAAGUAUAGAGCUAAACUUUUGCUGCCUUACCAUAUAGUCUUAUAUCACACUGUUACACCUCACCUUCUGUUAAGGCAGAGUGUAACAGUUAAUACCUCUUAAAUGAAUGUUAUGGUGUCUAUUGUAUGUGGAAUGGGAGGGCUUGCAAAAACAAAUGGGAUGUGUUUUAGGGUAUAAAUGCAGGCUAUUGUCAUCUGCCCACAUGGCAAUUGACCAUCCAGUAAUCCUCGGGCCAAGUGAAUGUCAGACCAGAAUUGGUUUUAGCUUUUGGUCAGUUAUUUUUCUUUGAAACAAUACUUUUAUCCAGCAUCUUGCUGGCUGUCUAAAAGUGCAGUCUACCUUAUUGGUGCAUCUUUACUCUACUACUUAAACCUCCAUUUCUACUGAUGAUGGUAAACCAGAUACUCUCAAAUUACAGUUUUAGAGAUCGGGAUUUAAUUUGAGGUAAAAUCACAUUCUUUUUGCAUUACAGUUUUAACAUAGCCUUGCCACUAAAACAUUGGUGUGGUCAGAGGUUAGAAUCUCUUGAACCUAUUAUGACAUCAAGUAUGGAUGUGAUCUGGUACCUUCUGCAAAACUCAAGUAUGUAAUGUACUGUGGUAUAAUUGGACCACACUACAUCACAUACUCAGUAUGUCAGAAUAUAUGCUGUAGGUACCAUUUUAACCAGGUAAAGCAAGAUUGUAUAACUCACAUCUACUAACAUGAUCUAGCUUGUGCUUGUGCUGUUGCAGAUGUGUUUGGCCCAUUAUCUAUCAGACAUAUUCUUACCAGAUUUAGGGUCAGGUCAAUCACCAAUUGUUUAGCUUCAAAGAGAAAUGUUUCGCAGCCAAGAUGGCUGCUCCUUAAGUGGAAUGUUCUAGAUUUGUGGAUCAAUAUAAGGCAAACUGGGCAAAUGAAAAGUGAUGGCGAAUUUGACAUUGGAAACAGUUACCAAGUCCAACAGACCUAUGAAAAUUGUGUUGUUGCUCUGAAUGACAUCAAAAAUGAACUGAAAGGUUGCAGACUAUUUUAAUAUAAAGAACACGUCUGGGGCUUCCAGGCUAAGUCUUAACCAGAGAAGGCAGCAUGAUAAACUAACUUAGCUUUUAACACUCUAACAGUUUUCCCUUUCUUUAUUGGCUAUUGUGUGAAAUGCUGCUGCUUUACAAUUAACUCAAUUUUGUUUUUAAUGAAUUCCUAACAAUGUGAUAGAAAACACAACACACAUACCUCAUCACUUCAAAUAAGAUACUUGACCUGGACUGAGUCUCUGAGGGUCCAGCUAGCUCUCCUCUUGAUACUUGAAUAAAAUGAGGCAGAAUCAGUUAUGAAGUUACCAGCGAGAAGGCCGGUGUUUUUGUUUGUAUCCAGUUUGACCCAUAACUAGGUAGUUAUUUAAGACAUUACCUCCCUAUGACUCUUAGUAGAGUUAUAGAUCAGGAACACCUAGCCUGCCCGGAGGAGCAUGUAGAACUAGCUAGCUAAUCAGCAUUUUACUCCCGUUUUACAGGAGAAGCUGACAAAC